AUGGAAUCCCUCCCUCAGGGGAGAUUUCUCACUCCGCAGCGGCUUGUCCACGAGACUAUGGCAGUCUGGUUCGGCUCCAUUCAAGCAGUUGCCGGAGCCAUCACAAUCGCCCUCCAAGAUCUCUGCCUCCAUCCGGAAUAUCUAGAGCCUCUCCGCCAGGACAUUGUCAACCACCACCUCGACUUUGAGCACAUUGCCCAAGGACUCCCACUGCUAGACAGCUUUAUAAAGGAAUCAGCCCGUCUGACCCCCACUGAAGCCUUAAGCACCCGCCGCUACGCCGUCGAAUCUCACACCUCCUCAGACGGCACCCAUCUCAACCGCGGCGACUGGGCUUGCACAACCCUGAUCGCUAUCAACAAGAUCCCAGAGUACUACCCCAACCCAGAGCAAUUCAGCGGUUUCAGAUUUGCUCCUCCAGAGGUAUUGGAGUCCCUUUCGAAGAUGGACCAAGAAGGGCUGGCAAAACAGGAUACUCCGUCGAAGCUGGUGGAUACAGACCACAAGUGGCUUAUGUUUGGGACCGGGAAGCAGGCUUGCCCAGGAAGAUUCUAUGCGGCCGCUGCUGCGAAGGUUAUCAUGUCGCAGAUGAUCAGCAAGUAUGACAUGCGAAUGGUGGACAAGACUGCAAAGAGAUGGUGGAGUUUGAGGUCGACGAUUGUUUUGAGGGAGGAUCUUAUGGUGGCGUUUACAUGCCGUGCUAAGAAUUAG